AAAGUGCUCUCCUACUUGCCUAGGGUGAAGAGGUAUGACAUCAUGAACCUGCAAUACAUAGAGCCCAACCACUAUGACUAUGUCCUCAUUGGGACCUGGCAUGAGGGUGUGCUCAACAUUGACGACUACAGGAUUCAGAUGAAUAAGAGCGGAAUGGUCCGAUCAGUGUGCAGCGAGCCAUGCUUGAAGGGCCAGAUUAAGGUGAUCAGGAAAGGGGAAGUGAGCUGCUGCUGGAUUUGCACUGCUUGCAAGGAGAAUGAAUUUGUUCAGGAUGAAUUCACAUGUAAAGCCUGUGAGCUUGGCUGGUGGCCAAAUGCUGACCUGACAGGCUGUGAACCCAUCACUGUAAAGUACCUCCAGUGGAGCAAUAUAGAGUCUAUAGUGGCUGUGGUCUUUUCUUGCCUGGGGAUCCUGGUCACCAUGUUUGUCACCCUUAUCUUUGUGCUCUACAGAGACACCCCUGUUGUUAAAUCAUCCAGCCGCGAGCUCUGCUAUAUUAUCCUUGCUGGCAUUUUUCUGGGUUAUGUCUGCCCUUUCACCCUUAUAGCUAAACCCACCACGACAUCCUGCUACCUCCAGCGCCUUCUGGUGGGCCUGUCCUCUGCUAUGUGCUAUUCUGCCCUUGUGACGAAGACCAACCGCAUCGCUCGCAUCCUGGCAGGCAGCAAAAAGAAGAUCUGUACCCGCAAGCCACGUUUCAUGAGCGCCUGGGCCCAAGUGGUCAUCGCCUCCAUUCUGAUCAGUGUGCAGCUGACACUGGUGAUCACGCUGAUCAUCCUGGAGCCCCCCAUGCCCAUCCUCUCCUAUCCCAGCAUUAAGGAAGUUUAUCUUAUCUGCAACACCAGCAACCUUGGCGUCGUGGCUCCUGUGGGCUACAACGGACUCCUCAUCAUGAGCUGCACAUACUAUGCCUUCAAGACUCGCAAUGUGCCUGCCAAUUUCAAUGAGGCCAAGUACAUUGCAUUCACCAUGUACACCACUUGUAUCAUCUGGCUGGCCUUUGUGCCUAUCUAUUUCGGGAGCAACUACAAGAUCAUCACCACCUGCUUUGCAGUGAGCCUGAGCGUGACAGUGGCACUGGGGUGCAUGUUCACUCCUAAGAUGUACAUCAUUAUAGCCAAGCCUGAGAGGAACGUCCGCAGUGCCUUCACCACCUCAGAUGUGGUGCGUAUGCAUGUCGGGGAUGGCAAGGCACCUUGCAAGUCCAACACUUUCCUCAACAUAUUCCGGAGAAAGAAGCCAGGGGCCGGAAAUCCAAAUUCUAAUGGAAAGUCUGUGUCAUGGUCUGAACCAGGUGGAAGACAAGAUCCCAAGGGGGAACAUACAUGGCACAGACUCUCAGUGCAUGUGAAGAACCAGGACACAGGGUGCAAUCAGACAGCGGUAAUCAAACCCCUCACUAAAGACUACCAAGGCCAAAGCCUGACUUUUACCGACAUCAGCAGUAAGACUCUGUACAAUGUGGUGGAGGAAGAAGAUAGAGAGCCCAUUCACCUCAACCAGUCCAGCAGUCCCUCCAUGGUGGUGCACAGGCGGGUGACAACCACCCCUCCGCUGCAGGCCACAGCGGAGGAGACACAACUCUUCUUGCCUGAACAGUCCCCCAAGACCCUACCCCUGCAGCCACAGUCUCUCAUGGACCAGCUGGAAGGAGUGGUCAACAAGUUUGCCCCCGGCAUCCCUGACUUCAAUGCUGUCCUCCCCACUCCCGGCUCAGGGAAUGGUGUGCGGCCCCCCUACCAGCCCCCGACCCCACCAACCCUGCAGCCUCUCCAGUUGGCUGCCUUCAGCCAGGAGCCCCUGUCUUCCCCGGCCGAAGAAGCAGAGAGUGAGAAGGUGAAGCUCAUUCAGGGAUAUGUGUAUGAGAAGAACACAGAGGAGGAGGAGGACGAGGAGCCAGCAACCAGCAAACUGACUCUGGAAGACUCUCCGGCGCUGACGCCCCCGUCACCCUUCCGAGAUUCAGUGGCUUCAGGCAGCUCCGUGCCCAGCUCCCCUGUCUCAGAGUCAGUGCUCUGCACACCCCCAGAUGUGACCUAUGCCUCUGUCAUCCUAAGGGAUUAUAAGCAAAGUUCAUCCACCCUGUAGAUGCUGCAAGAAACAAGGUGGGAAGGACUUAGGCUGCUGCCCUCUGGGAGGUUUUGGAGAGACAAGUCUCCCAGGGCUGUGGGGACAGAGAGCAGAGAACAAAGUCACAAAUGACAGGGCAAAAACUUCAUCCUGCACCUAAAUAACUAAAAUGAAACAAAAAGAAAAUAAAAAUCCAUUCUGAGGGCUCAAGAUUCUCUAUCCGUUAAAAAUAAAAAUAUUGUACUUUGGGAAAAUGUUAGGAAACAAUAACAAAGCACAAAUCCAAGAGACAACUUCUAUAGCAAAAAAA